GUUCUUCUGUCAUUACUCGUGUCACUAACAUUUUAAGCCACUUUACGCCACCACAAGGAUUUGUAGAUAUCGUUUAACAGUGCAGGUUGUUAGCAGUGGAGAAGUGGCAGGGGGCUCGCCAAGAUGGUCAGGGCUGGUGGUAUCUUGAAGUUAGCUGCACUCAUCUUUGCCUUCCUCCUGGCUGUCUUUUUGGCUUUCCAGCUGCUGGAGAUAAACAUGGAUUUUAAACUUAGCAAUGUGAUUGCUAAAUCAGUGCCAGAGAAUGAAGACUCAGCUAAGCCAGUCAGGCACAAGUGUGGCCUUUCCAAGGCAUGUCCUGUUGGACACUUUGCCUUCAAGAUGACGAGUGGAGCAGCCAGUGUGGUGGGACCCAGAAUCUGCUUGGAGGACAAACUACUAAUGAGCGGUGUGAAGAACAAUGUUGGGAGAGGAAUCAACAUCGCCCUGGUUAAUGGGAGAACAGGGGAACUUAACAGGACACAAUUCUAUGAUAUGUGGGCAGGAGAGGUGGCUCCUUUAAUUAAAUUCCUGAAUGAAAUUGAAGAGGGGACAGUCGUGAUGAUGGCCUCAUUUGAUGAUCCCUCGACAAAACUCAAUGAUGAAGCCAGGAAGCUAAUUGCUGAUUUGGGUAGCACAGCUAUCAGUAAUCUGGGUUUCCGGGAUAACUGGAUCUUUGUAGGUGGCAAAGGCAUCAAGACCAAGAGUCCAUUUGAGCAGCAUAUAAAGAACAGUGCAGACACCAACAAAUUUGAAGGAUGGCCCGAGGUGCUGGAGAUGGAAGGCUGCGUUCCCCAGAGACAGGACUGAUCGGAGCUGUUGCUGUAAUUGUCGACUCCCCCAUCACUUCUCGUCCCGCCCGUCCACCUCAUCCUCCUCGUCCUCCUGACAUUCCUGUCCUCAUGAGACUUGUUACUGUUACUGUUGCACUUGUUUGGGCUGAGAAAGUUCUUUGUCCAGUUCUCAUCUCCAAGCCUUUUAUUCAAAUAUGCCCACCAGCAUAACAUUGUCACCGCCGUUUCUUUAGUCUGCCCUGAGCAGUAAAGUGAAGUUUGGACAUUGCACUUCCCCUCCUUUUUGGAUACCGUUACAUAGUUAUAUGAUAUGGAUUAUGUAGAUGGACAUACAUGUCAUAGCCAAGACUUUUGGUCCUGUACCAGAUCUGCAUCGCCUCCUGUACCCUGCCUUAAUCCCAUUGUCCUUUUCCCACUUUUGUUUUAUUUUUAAUUUUUUUUAAUCAACAUGACCUUGUGUUUCUGUUUGUUCCAUUCAGAGUUCCAUUUAUUUUGAGAAGAUUAUUAUUAACAGGGUCUGAAUAUAUUUCUUUGCAUUAUUCUUUAACCAAAUGAACCAAAUUCACUGUGAAACGUGUAAAUACUUGUUUAGAUGAGGGUCUAGAUUUGAAAGAUCCUAUUUAAUGAAUGAUAAUAUAAUUUCUUAAAAUAAAUUGUGUUGUUAGAAAUGUGUGUGUAUGUGUGCGUGUGUCUGGAUUAAAAGACUUGUUACAUGUAGCAGUGGAAAGCGCUUAUUUAUUUUAAGUUUAUUCACUGCUGAUACUUAUUAACAUCAUUGUGUUCACUCAGCAUUCAGCAUCAGUCUCAACCUCGAUGUUAAUCAUUACUAUGUUAACCUUGCCAUCUAGCAACCACUUUAAAACAAAGAAUAGGCUGUUUGUUCCCUCACUUCAGACUGUUGUAGCUGAUUAACUGAAAGAAAACCCACUAAUAUGUACACACUUGUGUUAUCCACUCAUCUAGAUUUAAGAUUUUAUAUUAACCACAUGUGAAUUUCUGUAGAAGUCCUUAAAUAGCAGUAACUAUAUUGCUCUUCUACUUAAAAAGGGAGGCAGAAAAUCUAAACAGUGAAGUCAUUAAUAUGGUCUGAUUAUAAAAUAGCCUUCUAAAUAUUAUCAUUAGAUAUUAUGUGUUUUGAUAUGUUGAAGUUAAAGUUGUAAGUUUCUUAUUUCUUUAUAUUUCAUAUCAUAAACUAACACAAUUUGUGCAACAGAAAAAAUAGCUGUAGACCAUAGAUCAUCAUUCACAUUUCAAGGAGUAUUUCGUAGAGAUGUCAAACACAAUCUGCACCCUGGAUCAUAUUAACCCUUCUCAUUCUGGUUGUUUUUAUAUUCUCUAUUUAUAUUGUCUCUUUAGGUGCGCAACAUUAUUGUGCAGGAAAAGUAUCAUUUGUGGCAACCGCUGCUGUUACAGAAUUACUGUUUUUGAUCUGACAGGCAGGUGGCAGUAUUGCCUCAUGUAAGUCGGCCUGUGUGUCCUGUGGUUUGUAGCAUCUUCAGUAUAAGUUGCCUUCAUAGCUGUGCUUUAGUAAUAUAUUACUAUAAGUGGCCUGUGUCAUUCUACUUUUGACCAUAAUCAUCCUGUUGUGCUUUGUCUGAGAUUUUAUCAGCAGUAAUUAGCAUAAGUGAGACCUGUUUUGAAGAAAAAAAGAAUUAGGUUAAAAUUGAUUUUUACCCAUUGCACAAAACAAACAAGAGAUUCAAGAACAAUUCUCAAAAUGGUUGCUGGCAUGAAGAGAGAGUCAAUGUGUGAGAUUUGUGGCUUGUGUGUGUAUUUAAUACUGUGUUUGAACAUUUGGCUUUUGUUGUGUUUCUGUGUGUAUACAGUAUGUAUGUUUUUUCACUGGUGUGCUGCUGUAGAUUCUGUAAAAGGAUUACCUUGACCUAAGUUUUCCAUCUUCCUACUCAUAGUAUAUUGACAUUGUGACACCUCAGCCUCUCUCUAUCUGCGCUCUCAAACAGCAUGGUAUUUCAACCAUUCUGACAUGUACUUUCACUAUAAUUUUCUUCUAUUAGUCACUCUUGUAAACACUCUCACACGCAUUUGUGUAUACACUGACUCAAGCUUUUAUGUUUUGCACAUGACUCCUCAAGGUUUGUCCCUCUGCCAGUGCAGUGACCUUCUGAGUUCCCCUCAACCCCCUCAACACAGAGCUAUUCCUUAUUCUCAGUAAAUGAAAAAAUCACUGUGGUGCUCUUCGUCUGAUAUUAUCUGAGUUCCAUGCAUGCCAUCCCUUUGACAUUUUAUAUCCCAUGUGUGUUUAUGUAAGGGGGAGCAUUUGUUUGACAGCAGCUCCAGUAUCUAUGGUAUAUUUUCUUUUCUCCAUGUGACCUGUUAUGUGAGCUUCGCAUAUCAAUGUGCUGUUGUUUAUCUUCAUGCAGUUCAAGAUGUAUGUGCUUGUGUGCGUGAUACCUUCAAAAGUGUAUGUUCGUCGGUGUUCGUGUAGGCUGAGCCUCCUCUGAGCUCCCAUGUUUCUGCACUGAGUGAUGAGGUGUAGGAGUGAACCGUCUCCAGCUCGCCUUAUAUAAGACACGCUAUAUGAUGCAUUAUGUAUGAACAUAGAAUGUAUCCCAUGGUAUAAACCUCUAAUGAUGAGAUAUCUCCUGGGAGCCUUGGGGCAAAGCUCUAUAAACACAGGACUAUGAGGAUAUCAUGCUCUCACGAAAUGAUUUUUUGCAUAGAACAACAUCCAAAGUCUCUUUUUUUUCUUUCUGAGUUUUUUCUUUCUCCCCCUCUGCAUGCUUCCCAAAAUAAAUCUGUCCACCAAACAAAGGUGCAUGCCUCUCAAAGAAACUCUGAAGAGCUCAACUUUUCUCAUUGCCCCAUUGUGACCCCUGACCUCUGAACUCAGGCCUUUGACCUGCUGACCAAAUCAUUCUCAUGCUUCUGUUUGCUCCGAAACAAGCUUCAAAACAACUCUUCGCUCCCUUAUUUAUCAUGAAGCCUUUGUUGAAAAUGCAUUUUCUAUCAACCUUUUUUCUACUAAUUCUGUAACUAAAACACACUUUCACGGCUUUAAUUACACAGCAAGCUGACUGUGUCUCUCAUAGUGAAUGUAAACACUUAUUAAUGACCAUGUCUUUAGUGUUUAAUACAAAAGAGGCACUUUAUCUGUCUCUGAACUCAAAGUAAUGUACAUAAUUCAGAUAACUGAAAUCUAUCAUAUAUCAUGCACAUCACAACCUCUGGUGUCCAGAAGCUGUAUUACAACAAUCUAUGCUCAUAUAGCAGUAUUUUUGCAAUAUAGUUUAUGGCCAGCAGUGGCAGCACUGAGCAUAUUGCUGCUUCCUACUUCACUAGCUUUAUACAGCAACAUCAGUUUAUUCAUCAUACUGAACACGAACCAGCCAGUGCAAAAAGUCUUAUAAUGUCUUUUGUGGCUCUUAAAUCUGACAAAAUAAACUUUAGUGUUUGGGCUUGGAGGCUACAUAUUUAUAACAGAAAGGCUGUGGCAUUAGAUUGAUGAUGUGUAGUUUGAAAUGUGUACAAGGCAGGUAGGGUCUAAAAAAUUGCUGUCAAGUUGCAUUAUUGGCAUUAUAGGAUUCAGGAUUUUUGGAGCUUUGCCCACACCAUAGGGGCCGCAAGUCAGGAUACCUUGUUCUCUGCUGCAUUGAUUUUUUUUGUUUUUUAAGCAGCGAUGAUCAAUAUUCUUAUAUUCCACAUAACUACUUGUGUGAAAGGGGUUUACUUGAAUCCACAGAGAAUUAUCACCUGACUCUGUAGUCCCACUCCCCUCCAUAGUAUCUAGCAUCUUUUAACUCAUUGUCUGGGUUUUACGGGUGUUUUUUAGCCACAGCC